AUGGACAAAGCUACAGCCAUCGGCCUUGGAUUAGGAAGUCUUGCCGUUGCAGUACUGGGGAAGGUCGGUUACGACAUCACAAAAGAUGCUCAAACGCUCGCCAAAGAACGCGAUGACCACACGAUCGACGAAAUGACAGCACUUGCACGCCAGGGUAUUCGGAACGGGCGUGCGAAGCACGAAGCUGACGAGAAAAAGAAGACCGAUACUUGGAAAGUUGAGAGAAAGCGCUUCCUGGACCAGCCGCAACAAAUGCAGCAGCUCCUGAGUGAGGAGCAGUUCAAGAGGCAACAAGAAUUGAGUCGUAGGGUCGAGAACAGUGUGUAG